CACUAAUGACAGUUGGACUUAACCCCUCCAAUGACGAAUUGAUAUAAAUAAUUAGUGAUUCAUAAACUUAAGUAUUUCGUUCAAUAUUUAUGUUUUAGUUGUUAUAUUGCCUUUCUAUUUCUUGAUCGACAAAACAAUGUUUUCCAAUGGACCUAAUUACACGAAACUCAAGACAAAUCUACGUCUUGCAAUGGCAAGAUUGAAAUUACUUGAAAAAAAGAAGGCUGAGCUCGCUGAAAAGUCCAGAAGAGAAAUCGCUGCUUUUAUUAAAGAUGGAAAAAUUGAGAGAGCCAAAAUUAGAGUAGAAUAUAUCAUCAGAGAAGACUAUCUUGUUGAGGCAAUGGAAAUAGUAGAAAUGUAUUGCGAUUUGUUGUUAGCAAGAUUUGGACUUGUAACAAACAUGAAAGAAUUGGAUGAAGGUAUUUCUGAAGCUGUGUCGAGUUUGAUAUGGGUUGCCCCAAGGUUGCAGUCUGAUUGUAACGAAUUGAAAGUUAUAUCAGAUCUGCUCACAGCAAAGUAUGGUAUCAAUUUUGCUGAUGCUUGUAGAGUUGAAUCUGUUGAAACAAUUAAUGAUCGUUUGAAACACAAAUUAGCAAUUCAUAGUCCACCAAAGCUGCUGGUUGAGAAAUAUAUGAUAGAAAUUGCAAAAAGUUUCAAUAUACCGUAUGAACCAGAUCCUCAAAUCAUGGAAAUGGAUAAGGCUAAGGAUGCCUUGCUUAUAGACCUAUCUGAUAAAAAUAAUUUGGGUGGAGGAGGUAUGCCUCAUCCACCAGGCUUUCUAGGAUAUCCACAGCCUCCAGCAAUUCCAGAUUUUCCACCUGUACCAUUUGAAUAUCCUGGAACUAAUACAGUAGAGGGACAGCCAACAGCACCACCUCCAGCAUUUUCAUAUAAUAUUCCUCCUUCUGAAGAGAAUAAAGAGUUUAACACUGAUUUUAUGGAUAGCUUACCUUCUUACAACAAUCUGUAUCCUGGCAUGAGUAAGGCUGAGGACAACGUUAAUAAUGGCAACUUGGCCAAUAAUUUAGAGAACUACAAUGAAGCACCUAAGCCUUUGCCCAGAACGAAGUUAGAUGAUCAGAAAAAUUUCGACUUGCCAGAGUUGCCCUCAGUUCCGUCCGAUUCCAGUAAGACAGAUGACAUCGACUUUGACGACCUUAAUAGAAGAUUCGAGGCUUUGAAGAAGAAAUGAGCACUGAUUAUUUCUUUUUAUCUAUUACUCAUUGAAUAAUAUGGACGUUAUAUUGGAGCAUUUGAUUAGUUGCUUUCAGACAAAAGCUGUUAGUCCUAUAUGAAGUAUAAACAAAACAUUUGAAACUCGGUACAUAUAUGAUUAAACCUUAGAAUUUAGGGUAACAUAAGUGAUAUGUUAAUAGUAAUUGAAUAUUCUGCUCGUCAUUUUUGUUCUUGUGAAAUGAUGAAGAUAACAUGUUUUCGAAUAUUUAUUCAAGUUAUUUUUUUAUGAAUAAAAUGGUUUUAUUCAUU